UGUUGGAUAGGACAGAGAGAAACGGAGAGAGGAGGGGAAGACAAAGAGGGGGAGAGAAAGAUAGCCACCUGCAGACCUGCUUCGCCUCCUGUGAAGCGACUCCCCUGCAGGUGGGGAGCCGGGGGCUCGAACCGGGAUUCUUAGGCCGGUCCUUGCGCUUUGCGCCACGUGCGCUUAACCCGCUGUGCUACCGCCCGAGUCCCCCUGCUGUGCAUUUUUACGGCGAGAGGUGGCAGCGCUUCUUCGCGUUCCUGCUCCUUGGCAAAGCGUCUUGCUUGGGGGUUCCGCCUCCUUCCAGCGUCCGUGAAUGAGGCUCCAGGCAGGCGACGGCGCGAGACUUUGGUCCCGCGAGAGCCGCCGUCCGGGAGGGAGGACUCGCAGGCACCGCCCACUGGCAGCCGCAGGCGCUGGUUAAACCCGCAGGCGGGGUGCACCUAAUGUCUCGGGCGCCCUACCUCUAGGGCGGGUGCCCGGGAGCUCCAGUCGCGCCAGCACUUGCACCCCGGAAGCCGCGCGCCACAGCCGAUCAUGAGCGGCCCUCUGCGGCCCGCGCCCAGCAACUGGCGGCGGGCGGCCUCGCUGGUGAUGGCGGCCGGCUGGCCGCCCCCACCGCCGCCUCCCGCCGACGGCUUCCGGCUGCUGCUCAUACAGCGCGCCUCGAACCAAGGUUUCAUGCCUGGGGCGCACGUCUUCCCGGGCGGCGUGCUGGACGCGGCAGAUAGCUCGACCGACUGGCUGCAGCUCUUCUCGCCGCACCACCGGCCGCCGCGCUUCGGCCUGGGCCCGGCGCCGGCGCCGCCGCCGCGCGCCGCCUUCCCGAUGCUGGGCGUCGCGAGGAACGACGCGGCGGCGCUGCCUGAUGACGUGGCCUUCCGCAUUUGCGCCAUCCGCGAGGCUUUCGAGGAGGCCGGCGUCCUGCUGCUGCGGCCCCGGGGAUCCCCACCCGCCGCGCGCGAGCUGGGCCGCGCCCUGGAGCCGCCCCCGGGAUUGGCCGCCUGGCGCGCGCGUGUCCGCAGGGACCCGCGCUACUUCCUGCGCUUGUGCGCGGAGCUCGACUGCACGCCAGACAUCUGGGCGCUGCACGACUGGAGCAACUGGCUCACGCCUUUCUUACGUCGCCCUGGCCGCCGCUUUGACACCUCCUUCUACCUGUGCUGCCUGCGGGAGCCGCCGCAGAGCUUCCCAGACUUGGCGGAGGUGGUGGGCUGCCAGUGGUUAUCUCCAUCAGAUGCAAUUAACCGUUUCACAUCAAAAGAAAUCUGGUUGCCCCCCCCACAGUUCUAUGAAUUAAGAAGACUUGACGGUUUUUCCUCACUCUCUGGCUUGCACAACUUUUGUUUGGAUCGGGCAUUAGAGGGACUGGAAAGAUGGCUGCCAAUCACUUUAUUAACUGCUGACGGGAUGCUCCAGCUUUUUCCAGGAGAUGAGCUGUACUUAGAAGACGCAAAGUUUUUAGAACAUUCUAUGUCCACUGAAAAAAAGAUUGAAGAACUCAUGAAAGAAGGAAAGAAGUUUCACCGACUAGUGAUUCACGAUCAGCAUCUCUAUAGUAUAUAUGUGACUGUUGAGGCCAAGUAUAAACAUGUCUACCCUAAAAGCUAUGUAGUAGGUAAGAGCCAUCUGUAGAAUAGCACUUUCCCAAAUGGCCUACUUAGCAUGGCCCUCGGGAGAAAAAUUACCUUAGGACUUAAGGUAAUCUUUCUCUGUAAAAGUUGAGACGAAAGUCAAGUGUUCCAUGGAGUUCUCUUGCUUUUUUUCAUUUUAAACUACAGAGUAUUCCAUAAGUAUAAAGUCUGUAUGAUCUUGUUGCCAGAAUGAGAGAACAAAUUCACAAGGGUUCCCACAGCUGUACUGUUUAUUUAUUUUUUACCUCACUAGUUUAAGCCAGAUAAUUCUGUUGUCGUUUUCUUUUAACUAUAGGGGGAGCUAGCAUUUUCCUGAAAUGUGCUUAGGAAUUUCUUGGACUUUCUGCAGAAGUUCAUUUUGAUUAGAUGGAGUACAGUAGACUGGACAACAUUCAAGUGGCAACACCCUUUUCUUGCUUUAUCUUUAGCUUGACUAAGAUAAAUUCUGUUUAAAGUCAAAUUGUUGGCAGGGGUAGAUAGCAUAAUGGUUUUGCAAAGAGAUCCUCAUGCCUGAAGCUCCAAAGUUUCAUGUUCAAUAUCCUGUACUAUAAGCCAGAGCUGAUCAAUGCUCUGGUAAAAAAAAAAAAAAAAAAAGAAGCCAAAAUGUUGUUUGUCUUACCAAACUGGAAAUGUGUUUGUUAAUACUUAAAGUAAAUGUGGAGCUGUAACAGAAGCCAGAAUUAUCUCUACAGCGUGAAAUACUAGUUAGUAAGUAUUGAGAGGUUGCAGGGCUAUGUUUACCAUUUAAUGGUACUUAAUUAGAGAUGCUUAUUUCCUGUAUUUUAAAUAUGGGCAACUUUUUACUACUUAAAGAGAGGUAAUGUUUAUUGAUAAAACAUAGGAAAUGGUUAAGAUACUUAAAACCUAUUUACUGUGUUUGAUUACAUUUUGCACUUUGUGUAUUACGUAUUUCACGUUUCAUGAAAUGUCUCAGCUUUCUUACCUACAAACUAGAGGUAUUGCCAAAUAAAGCUUAUGUGUUAUUAUUUAA